CAUCGCCAGAGUGUUGUUGCUGCUCCAAGUUUACUCCUACUACUGGUGAUUCACUAUUCCCCCCCCCUUUCUCCCCCCCCCCCCCCAACGAACUUCUUCUCUCAUCUUCUCUUUCUCUUCUCUUCGCUUUAUGUUACAGUAAUUAUAUAUAUACAUCUGCUCAAGAGAGUGAGGCUCCCAUUCCGAGGUACCAUUCCUCAUCCCGGUUAUCAUGUCCACUAUGACUUCCUCUGCAGUACUUCCUGUCGCCUUGCAGAACAAACUCGUGUCCGCCAGUAGAUCCUCCUCGCGCAUCUUUUCUUCAUCAACCUUCAAUCUACUCCGCAAUAUCGUCUUCUUCUUCUACGUCUUCCGCUUCGUCCGGAAAUCCUUCUAUACCGUCCGUGGCCACGGCCCCAUAGGUACCAUCCGCAAUGCCUGCUCCUACAUCCGCCUCGUUCUCUACUCCCUCUUCCUCCGCGCCCCCGGUGUCCGCAGCAAGGUGGACAAGCAAGUGUCCACCGCCAUAACGAAGCUGGAAGCAAAGCUUGCCCCAACUACGCCCGGCAUCCUCAAAAACACAAACCUGCCCAAACAGGGUUGGACCCCCGAUUACAUUCGCGCGGAGCUAGAUAAGCUCCUGGGUAUGAAGCAUACCAAGUGGCAGGAAGGCAGAGUCAGCGGCGCUGUUUACCAUGGCGGCGACGACUUGAUUGGGUUGCAGACGACUGCUUUCAACCAGUUUGCUGUUUCGAAUCCUAUCCAUCCUGAUGUCUUUCCUGGUGUGAGGAAGAUGGAGGCGGAGGUGGUGGCUAUGGUGCUUGGGCUGUUCAAUGCACCAGAAGAUGGUGCAGGAGUGACUACUGGCGGCGGCACUGAGUCGAUUCUCAUGGCCUGUUUGUCUGCGAGGCAGAAAGCCUACGUUGAGCGACGAGUUACUGAACCAGAGAUGAUCAUCCCCCAGACCGCUCAUGCAGCUUUCAAUAAAGCUUGUCAAUAUUUCGGCAUCAAGCUUCAUAUGGUCCCCUGUCCCGCUCCCGACUACAAGGCUGACAUUCGCGCCGUCCGCCGCCUGAUCAACCCAAACACAAUUCUCCUUGUCGGCUCAGCGCCAAACUACCCACAUGGCAUCGUUGACGACAUCCCGGCCCUCUCCCGCCUAGCCGUCAAGCACAAAAUCCCCCUGCACGUCGACUGCUGCCUGGGUUCCUUCGUCAUCUCCUUCCUUAAACGCGCCGGCUACCCUUCCCCGUAUGAGGAACAGGGCGGCUUCGACUUCCGCCUGCCAGGCGUCACCAGCAUCAGCGUCGACACGCACAAAUAUGGCUUCGCCCCCAAGGGCAACUCCGUCGUCCUCUACCGCAACCGCACCCUACGCAGCUACCAAUACUUCAUCCUCCCCAACUGGUCAGGCGGCGUCUAUGCGUCCCCUUCCAUAGCCGGCUCGCGACCCGGCUCCCUCAUUGCCGGCUGCUGGACCAGUCUCAUGGCCAUGGGCGAGUCCGGAUACAUCGACAGCUGCCACCAGAUCAUCACCGCAGCCCGCACCUUCGAGCAGGCCAUCCGCGAACAUCCAACCCUCUCCAGCGCGCUAAAAGUGCUCGGCAAACCAAUGGUCAGCGUCGUGGCCUGGGACUCCGCGACGCCGGAAAUCGACAUCUACGACAUUGCCGACGCGCUGUCGGCCAAGGGCUGGCAUCUGAAUGCCCUCCAGGCCCCGCCUGCGAUCCACGUGGCGUUCACGGUGCCCACGGCUGGGGCGGUGGAGAAGCUUAUUGCGGACCUUGUUGCUGUUGUGGAGCAGGAGAGGGAGAAGGCGGCGGAGCGGAAGCGGUUGGGGCUUAAGGUUGAGAAGGGGAAAGGGGAUGCGGCGGCGUUGUAUGGGGUUGCGGGGAGUAUCCUGAUAAGAGCAUUGUGAGUAGGCUUGCGGAGGGGUUUUGGGAUACGUUGUAUCUUGCUUGAUUCUUGAAGAAAUAGUGGGGGGGGGGGGUGGGGGGGGAACAAUAGGUGAGGUGCGAUGUGUCCGGUGUCAAAAGAGGGGAGGCCGGGGGUGGGGAAUGCAUUGCUGGUUCUGUUUGACAAGCUGGCGUUAUCUUCGUUAUUCUACUUGUCCUUUUUCCUUUUCUUUUUUUGCUUGAAUGGACCUGUGCAUAUACUAUAUGUAAUCCUUCCUGUUUCUUUUUUUCUUUUUCUUUUUCUUUUUCUUUCCUUUCCUUUCCUUUCCCUUUCUUUUUGUUCCUGGCCGCAUGUCUGUAAAUACAUUGAAGGGAGGGGCUAAUGUGUCCUUGGACGUUUCUAUAUAUCCUACGGAGUAUUUUGUGUCCUGUUUGUUUAUACCUGUUCACUUGUUUCAAUAUAGAUUUUACUAGGAUAGUUCUCUUCUCUCUGAUCAAGGUGGUAGGUAGGUUUAAAAGUUAGGCAGGCAGUUCUUUUCAAACGGGGGAGGUGGAAUGAAUAUGGGUUGCACAUGUCUAGAAAAUGAUAGUGGUCAAUGGCAACAAUAAUGAAACAAUUCUUAUAUCUUUGAAUUAAGUUAAGUAAUAGGAAAGGGG